GGUCUAUUUUGUAGAUAAACCUAUUUUAUAUAUAUAUAAUAUAAUAUAAUAUUUUUAUAUAUAAUAUAUAUAUAUAUAUAAUAUAAUAUUUUUAUACCACCUUAUUCUUAGCAGUGCCUCGGUAGCACCUUCAAUAUCUGCCAACCCCACAGUAAGCGUUAAAAAAUGUUUUUCCUUUUGCCAUCUGGCAGAGCCAAGCUUUUCCGGUUAAAGUUAUGUCGCGUCUGGUUUGGUAUAAAAACUCUCGCUGCCAUCUGUGGUCGUGUCAGUUGUGGAUUUGCACUAAACCCACUAGUUAACCCAAGCGGAGUGUUUUAAGCUAUGAAAGCCUUUGUGUGUCUCCUGCUCAUCGGAGUGGCCAGUGUGACGGCUAAGCCUAAGCCCGGCGGAGGAGGUGGCUGGUCCUCUGGAGGAGGUGGAGGCGGAUGGUCAUCAGGAGGUGGUGGCGGUGGUGGUGGUCAUGGAGGCGGAGGAGACGUGCAAAUUAUUAAAGUGAUUACGGAGAGUGGAUCUUCUGGAGGCGGCGGAGGAGGAGGUGGCUGGUCCUCAGGGGGUGGCGGCGGGGGCGGAGGUGGAUGGUCUUCUGGAGGUGGCGGCGGUGGCUGGUCCUCAGGUGGAGGCGGCGGAAGCGGAGGCGAUGUUAAACUCAUCAAAAUCAUAAGUCUCGGAGGCGGCGGAGGAGGACAUGGUGGUGGUGGAGGAGGCUGGUCUUCUGGAGGAGGAGGAGGAGGUGGCGGUUGGUCAUCAGGCGGAGGUGGUGGUCACGGAAGCAGCGGAGGUGGCGGCACCAAGGUUAUAAAAAUCAUCAAACUGAGCUCUGGCGGCGGCGGCGGCGGCCAUGGAGGCGGCGGUGGCGGCGGUUGGCAGCCGGCUGGAGGUUGGGCCUAAAAUCUUAGUCCAAUCCUAGAAAGUUGUCAAAUCAAUCUUUAACCACUUUUGUAAAUACUGUACAUACAUAUGUAUCCAAAAUAAAAUUUUUUUUGUUAUUACGUUA